CAUUGAAACAAACUCUAGUCAUGGUUACACAGCUACUAAUGUGUGAUCAGAGAGAACAUAAAGAGCUGUGGAGUGAUUGUGCAGGUCCACAAUGAGGACAGAAACGUACAUUUAAUGACGCAAAGUCAGAAUUCUGGCAGGAGGAGACGGAGGGGUCAGACCAGGCCUCCGUCCUCCAUGCCUGCUACCUCGGGCUUCACUCGACUAGAGCAGGAUGAGCCCAUGAAUAAUCUGCGUAUCUCUGUAGGAGGCCUCCCUAUGUUGGCUUCCAUGGCCAACACCACAGACCCCCGUUUCCGCCUUAAAUGGAAGCCUAUAGUAGCGGUGGCCAUCUCCCUGGCCUUGCUUCUGGUGCUCUUCAUGCACUUGGGCUCAGGCAUCCGCUCCCAUUCUUACGCCUCCCACAGCUGGAAAAUGAGUCGCGAUGACUUCCAGAUGUUUGAGUCAAGUUACAAUGACACCUACCCUCUAAGCCCACCUGAGCGCACGCCACAAGGCACCCGCUACCGCAUUGGGGUCAUUGCCGAUCUGGACACAAACUCUCGUAGCGAGAAGAAGCAGACGUGGUUCAGCUACAUGCGACGGGGGUACCUGCUAGUGUCCCAAAGCGGGGAUAAGGUGGCAGUGGAAUGGGAUGCGGACAGAGUGGUGCUGGAAAGCCACCUGUCGGAGAAGGGCAGGGGUAUGGAGCUGUCUGAACUGGUGGUCUUUAAUGGGAAGCUCUACAGCGUUGAUGACAGAACAGGCAUCGUCUACCACAUUGACGGGGACAAGGCUGUGCCCUGGGUCAUCCUCACUGACGGAGACGGCAGUGUUGCCAAAGGAUUUAAAGCUGAAUGGAUGGCAGUGAAGGACAAGCACCUGUAUGUCGGCGGUCUGGGUAAAGAGUGGACCACAACAGAAGGCGUUUUCGUCAACAACAAUCCAGAGUGGGUGAAGGUGGUGGGCCACAGAGGCGAUGUACAACAUGAGAACUGGGUUCCAAAAUACAAAUCUUUAAAGUCUGCAGCAGGGAUACAGCCUCCAGGGUAUUUAAUCCAUGAAUCAGCCGCCUGGAGCGACACCCUGCAGCGCUGGUUCUUCCUCCCCCGUCGCGCCAGCAAGGAGCACUAUGAGGAGACGGCAGACGAGCGCCGGGGCACCAACCUCAUCCUCACCUGCCCACCAGAUUUUAUGGACAUCAGAGUAAGCCGAGUGGGAGAGCUGAACCCCACUCACGGUUUCUCCUCCUUCAAGUUUGUGCCCAACACAGACGAUCAAAUCGUUCUAGCUCUGAAGUCAGAGGAGGACGCUGGAAAAAUUGCCACGUACAUCAUGGCUUUUACACUUGAUGGACGCAUACUUUUACCUGAAACAAAGAUCGGGGACGUGAAAUACGAGGGCUUGGAGUUCAUAUAGAUGAGAGAAACGCUCUUGAGGCACUGCUCCUUUUUGUUUACAAUACAGUCACUGUUGAGCACCUGCUGCUUCCUCCUAGAGACAUAACUCCAACAUUUUAAGGGUUGUCUUCUGUGUAAAGAAGUAUGAACUGAGACUUGAAAAUAUGGGUUUCAGGAUGCAGAACAAAAUCAUCAAUGCCAGCAAUAUCUUGCGGUGGAUCAUCUCCUUCCCAAUGUGAUUCUCAACAGCACUGUAGCCUUUUCUAAAAUGAAUGUACAAAAAUGAUUUAUCAGACUGUGACUAUUUCCUCCUGAGGCAUAGAUUUUCAUGCACAUACUGUACACUCUCAAAAGCUAGGUGGUCUUCCCUGUUUGCUCCAUUUAAACAUCACUCUGUACAUGCCAAACAUGUUUGAACACGGAAUAACUAAAGGUCUGUUUUUAUUCUUCCUAAAUCUCAGCAAUCAUUGAAGGACAAUGUUGUGACAACUAAUCAUUCUGUAUGGUAUGUUUUUGGUGGGAUGGCUAAGUAAAACCUUGAUUCUUA